AGAGAUAGGGAGUGUUGAAAACUGACAACAGCUGUGAGAAACAGGACAGCACGAACACAGUUUACACAUCACAGACUCCAGGCCAUCAAACACCACGGUCAAUUUUUGUUUUUUUUUUAACUUUUUCGUUCAUUUUUUUUUUCCGCCAAAUUUAGUGUAAAUAAAUUCAAGUCCCAUGUUAUUUUUUUACUGUUCUUCUUCGUUUGUUUUCUCAAGGACACAAAGAGAAACAAACCGAAACCAAAACAAAAACCAAAACCAAAAACAAAAACAAACGGAUUGUGGAGAGAGAGAGAGAGAGAGAGAGAGAGGGGUUAGAGAUGGGUAGAGGGGGAUUGAGAGAGGAAAAAGGAGUUAUGGCUUCCGACUUCUUGUGGUCCUAUACGGAUGAACCCCACGCCUCCAGGCGCCGUCAGAUCCUCUCUCACCACCCUCAAAUCAAGGAGCUUUUCGGCCCUGACCCCUGGGCAUUUCUUAAGAUUAAUUUGGCUGUUUUGCUUCAGCUUUGGACUGCGACCUCCGUCCAGAAUGCAGGAUGGCUCAAGAUACUGGCAAUAGCCUACUUCUUUGGUUCAUUUCUCAACCACAAUCUAUUCUUGGCCAUCCACGAGCUCAGUCACAAUCUUGCCUUCUCUACUCCAGUCUACAACCGUUUGCUUGGGAUUUUGGCUAAUCUCCCAAUUGGAGUACCCAUGUCAGUCACCUUCCAAAAGUAUCAUCUAGAGCACCAUCUCUACCAGGGAGUAGAUGGCAUGGACAUGGAUAUUCCAAGCCACACCGAAGCCCAUUUGGUAAGAAAUGCGGGGGCAAAAGUUAUUUGGGUUCUCUUUCAACUCUUCUUCUAUGCUCUUCGGCCUCUUUUUCUCAAACCAAAACCCCCUGGUGUUUGGGAAUUUAUAAACUUUCUUGUUCAAAUAGGCCUAGACUUUGCUAUGGUUUAUUUUUGGGGCUGGAAAAGUUUUGUCUAUCUGAUACUUUCCACAUUUGUUGGGGGUGGAAUGCACCCAAUGGCUGGCCAUUUUAUCUCAGAGCAUUAUGUCUUCAAGCCUGGCCAAGAGACAUAUUCUUACUAUGGUCCCCUGAAUCUUCUUACUUGGAGUGUUGGCUACCACAAUGAACACCAUGAUUUCCCAAGAAUUCCUGGUAGCAAACUCCAUAAGGUGAGGCAGAUUGCACCAGAAUAUUACGAGGGAUUGGAGUCGUAUGAUUCUUGGAGUCAAGUCAUAUUCAUGUAUAUAACGGACCGUGCGGUUGGGCCAUUUAGCCGGAUGAAGAGAAAGGCAAAGCAAUCUGAAUAGGCCAUCUCUUCAGUAUUUCCAUGAUUUUUGGUUCUUUAUUGGUUCUUAUAGAAUUGCCCAAAUUAAUUUAUAUUUUUUCUAUAAAAGAUUUGCUAAUGUUUGUAACAAUUUUUGAGGGAUUAGAAUCCCGUGUAGUUUUAAACUGAAAAAGGAGUAAGUUAUUUGUGCAUUCAGAUUUCACAGAUUACUUUUGAGUUGAGUUGUAUACUAUGAAAAGCUUAUGUAUUAAAUUCUGCCCUCGCUUUCUGUCUU